AAACAUAAAACGAGAGAGGGCAGAUCCAGACAACCGAAAACAUCAUCAGGCCAGGCAGGCAGUCACUAGACCAAGCAAGAUAUUCUGAAUCCUAACGCCGUAUAGUGAGAGAGAAGCAUCAUCCGAAGUACAAUGUUAUUGCGCUCCUCGCCAUCGUCGUUGUCGUCGCCGUCUUCUGCGGAUUUUGUGUGAUAUUCAAAAUGUCUACCCCUGCGAAGGACAGAUAGAACAGGGAAAAACUCUAGGCUUUCUGAAUGGUCGGUGCCGUCGAACCGCCUUGGCCAAAUUUUCAGUGCAUUGUGGAGCGUAAAGGAUGUUUUGAAACCUGAAUUUUGGGCGAUUUAACGCAGUGGAGAGUGAGGAGUUGUGCAAUCCGGAAUCCACGGGAACCACUUCCGUCGCGUCCUCCGUCGAUGUCGUACCGUUUUUGCGUGUAUUCUGUGGAUUUUUCAUUUUUCGGUGUGUUCCGUGUGCCAGUGUUGGAGAUUUUUGAUUGAGCAGAGCCCGUAGGAUUGAGAUCCAAUUGGACGGAAACCAUUCCAGAAAAAGUGAGAAUUCAUCCGGAACCAAAAGAAAAGGCUACGGAGUGCUAUGAAAAUGGGAACUACUUCAGGAAAAGCCUAUAUUUCGGCAAAGGUUGCAUAAAAUAGUUUUCCUCGGAUUUAGUUUCCGGCAAAUAGAUGUAAAAUUACAUCUAGGAUUACCAGCUGCCCGUAUUUUGGUGCAUAAUUAGUUACAAUUCAGUGUUUGGGACUCACAUUAGUGAUUGAAUGAAGUUAGAUUGCAUUCGAAAUGAUCUGUAAGAUAGCUCCGGUAAAAGUUUAACAACGCUAGUGUUCCAGCCAAAAGUAUUCUAUCGGCAAAUUGGCUAAUCAAUUGAGCAUAAAUAUCAGUGAUAGUAGCAUUAUUUGAGAGAUAAUCAGAUUAGAAUCUUAUACCCAGUCGUACUCGUGUUAACAUCACCGAGAAGAAAGUGUGUAAAUAUUACAAGUAAAGGGAAACAAGAAUAAAAAAAUCAAUAUUUACUACAUCAGUGGUGCUGAGGGGAACGGGACGAGUGUGUGCAACGAGAAGAAGUAAUCAAAAAGAAUGUGAAGAGAUCGAGAGGCAGUCAAAGACGAGUGAGAAAUACACAACCAACAAAACAGAGAAGAUCGAGUGCAAGAGGAGAAACCGAACGCAGAGAAGCAAACAGACGUUGGGUUGAUAAGGGGGCCGUAUUCUGCGAACCGGAGGGAGAAGAGAUAGGGUGUUGAGAGGGAAGGAAUGCGACAAAAGUUCUGUGAUUAAUGAUAGUGAAAGCAGAAUCAGCACAAAGGAAAUAUUCGAGCCCAGCAGCGACAGGUACGGCGUUUGUGGUGUUGCCACUCUGUACAUUUGAGUGAAGGUUCUUUAGUUUCACGAAGUUUGGGGCUGUGGUCAAUGAGUGCGAUGCAAUGGUGAGAAUCGUCGGUGCUAGAUUGCAAAUGAUUCGUGAGAUUGUUCUAUAAUUGCUUACGGUGCGACGAGCGGUAGUGAGAAUCUGCUGACCGCACACAAGUUUUAAUCCCUCCUGACACUGCAAGUGUGCGAGCGAUCGAAUGACGGCGGGAGAUAACGGAGCGGAAGUUUAAUCCAACGAGAUUUAUUGAUUCGUGAAAGUCGGGAGUUCAGAAAGAUUCCAUUGCCAAUUGUCCAGCUAAUUAUUCCUGCGACGUUUCAAAUCAAUUUAAAAGCGCUUCUUGAUAAAUUUGAUUCGAUUUAUACCAUGAAACAAGAUCAACUUAAAAAGUAGUGAAACCUACUCAAAGAGAACAAAACAUUCCAGUCCAGAAACAGUCCUGCAUCGAUCCAUGUAGAAUCAAGAUAGUGAAACCGUGAAGAAUCGUGUCUAGGUGUGAAACCGUAACCAUUGGAAAAAAAAUCAAACAAUGACGAGCUAAUUGCACGCUGUGGGUGGAGUGUAGAUCAUAAAGUGAAGUUGGUGUGAAAAUCGUCGUGAAUUUGUGGAACGUCGUCGGCUACCCCGUCGUCGCGAAGGCGCUAAUUUGAAGCAGCAGAAGAGGCCUUUGUUCCGGCAAUCAUCAUGCUGUUGUCGUCGGGGUCGGUCAGUUCGGAGCGGUCGCAUCAGCGGCUGCUCUGCGGACAGGCAGUGGCAUUUGUUGUUGUAACCGUGUUCGUUGUUGGAAACUUAUGUGCCUGGCAGGAAAACGUCCGACCGAAGCUCUACGUAUCAUUAGCCGACGAGGAAUACCUGAGGUUUCAGGGAAACGAAUCGAUGAUUGACUACUUCAAGCUGGUUCUUCGGGAUGCCACCAGCAACAGCCUUCUGGUGGGAGCAAGAAACAUUGUCUACAAUCUCAGCAUAUACGAUCUAAGCGAACAGACACGGUUAGUGUGGUACUCGUCGGAAGAUGACAUCAAGAUGUGCGUCAUGAAGGGAAAGGACGAGGACCUCUGCCAGAAUUAUAUCCGCGUGUUGGCACUGCCCACGCCCGGUACGCUGCUCGGCUGCGGCACCAAUGCAUUCCGUCCGAUGUGCCGGAUGUACGGGAUCAACGGAAACAGCUACUCAAUCGAGUCGGAGAAACCCGGUCAGGCCGUGUGUCCGUACGAUCCGGCCCACAACUCGACGGCUGCCUUUGUCGAUAACGAACUCUAUUCCGGCACGGUGGCUGACUUCAGCGGUCUUGACCCAAUUAUCUACCGGGAACCAUUGCAGACCGAGCAGUACGACAGUUUGAGCCUGAACGCACCCAACUUCGUCGGAUCGUUCACGCAGGGCGACUUUGUCUACUUCUUCUUCCGCGAGACGGCCGUCGAAUUCAUCAACUGUGGAAAGGCCGUCGUCAGCAGAGUGGCCCGGGUUUGCAAAUGGGAUAAAGGUGGGCCCCAUCGGUACAAAAACAGAUGGACCACCUAUCUGAAGUCGCGUCUCAACUGCUCCAUGCCCGGCGAUUUUCCCUUCUACUUCGAUGAAAUUCAAUCAACUAGCAGCUUGGUCGAAGGGCGCUACGGUAACGGAAACUCGAAACUCAUCUAUUCCGUUUUCUCAACAUCCACCAAUGCCAUUGCGGGCUCGGCCAUAUGCGCGUUCUCAUUACAGGAUAUAGCCGACACGUUCGAAGGCAACUUCAAGGAGCAGAGUGGAUUAAACUCUAAUUGGCUGCCUGUUAACCCAUCGAAGGUACCGGACCCUCGUCCCGGCUCAUGUCACAACGACUCGCGAACCCUGCCGGAUCUUACACUCAACUUCAAAAAGACACACUCGCUGAUGGAUGAAAACGUGCCAACGUUUUUCGGUUCACCGAUUUUGACUCGAGUCAGCACGGUCUAUCGAUUCACCGCCAUCGCCGUCGAUCCGCAAAUUAAAACCCCGGGCGGAAAAACCUACGAUGUGAUUUUCGUCGGAACAGACCAUGGGAAAAUCAUCAAAACGGUGAACGCAGAAUCGGCCGAUUCGAACAAGAAAGUCUCGUCCGUUGUAAUCGAGGAGAUCGAUGCUCUUCCAACUAGUGAACCGGUGCGAAGUUUGGAAAUCGUACGGACAAUGCAAUACGACACGCCAAAGGACGGAAGCUAUGAUGAUGGAAAAUUAAUUAUAGUCACCGAUACAACCGUGAUAGCGAUUAAGUUACACCGCUGCAGCAGCGAAAAGAUAACAAGUUGCAGUGAAUGCGUGGCACUGCAGGACCCGUACUGCGCCUGGGACAAGAUUGCCGGCAAAUGCCGAUCGCAUGGAGCCCCACGAUGGUCGGAGGAGAACUACUUCUACCAGAGCGUUGCCAGCGGAGAUCACGCCGCCUGCCCGUCUGGCAAGAUGCCCAAGGAUGGCAACGCGGAGAAACAAGGCUACCGAGGGGACAUCGACUACGACCCCCAGCGGCCCAGUAAAGAUCAACCCGGCAACGACAUGAUCAGCAUAAUGCAGGACAAGAGCGGCUACGACGACAAAGGGCCGCAGAUAACGCCCGAUCUGAUAAACGCUCAAUACACGGUGGAAACGCUCGUCAUGGCCGUUCUGGCUGGUGCAAUCUUCGCCCUGCUAGUGGGCUUCAUCACCGGCUACUUCUGCGGCCGGCGAUGCCACAAAGAUGAAGACGACAAUCUUCCGUAUCCCGAUACGGAGUACGAGUACUUCGAACAGCGACAGAACGUAAAUCGGAUACAAACCGAACCGAAGCUGCUUCCACAGGUCGAAGAAGUGACCUAUGCGGAACCCGUACUAUUACCUCAGCCAUCUAGUCAGAACAAGAUGCAGCAUUCGCCAAAAAAUACGUUAAGGAAACCAAUGGGACACCAUCACGGGGUCAACUCGGAGACUCUAUUCCAGUUCCAGCCUGACGGCUACAGCGCACGUGACAACUACCGGGGUCGCGAUAACUUCGGUACCCUCCGAUCCCAUCAAGGUGAUAAUUAUCGUCGCGGUGACGGAUUCUCAACAACGAGAAGCGUGAAAAAAGUGUAUCUCUGAGACGGGAACGGGGCGGCUGAGACCAGCCAGGGACUGAUUAAUCAAAAUAUGGUCCUUAAUACCAACACUCGUAACAGAAGUCUCGGCCGAAUGAAAAGGCAGCCGCCCCGGCAUGGCAUAGUAACGCAACAUCGUUCCGAUAGUCCACAGAAUUCCAGUUCCGGAUCUUCCCCAGUCAUGUCCAACAGUAGUUCUAGUCCGGCGCCUCCCUCGAGUAGUCCUAGUCCACAAGAAAGCCCAAAAAACUGUAGUUAUAUUUAUAGAGAUUGAUUAUUAAAUAAACCCCCGCCACCACUGCGACCACCACCGCAUCAUCCAAGCAGAAGCAGCAGCAACAGUAGACCCGGUGUCCCAUUCCAGCACGAUGACAGCGAAGAGGCAACAACAGCGGCAGCAGCAACGGAAAUGACAUCCGUCAUUCUACGCAACAGAAACAGCCAAAGCAGUGAAACCAACAACAGGAAACUGAAUCGUCUUUCAACAUCGUCCUCCCUUUCGAUCAUCACACCGCCCACGACUCCGAAACGUCCGGUCGGAGGUCGGCUCAAGAUGGCACUCAGCCUCUCGCUGGCGCACAAUUUCAACCAGAAGUUGGCCAACCUCAACGAUAAGUGGAACGACUUCAGCUUCAUGCUGAAGAGCAACGCGGUCAAAAGUACAGCACGGAACGAUUCUUACCACUCGAUCGAGUCAGCAGUCACCUGCACGGCUGCCGAUCUCGAAGCCGGUAACCUAAGUGGCGGUGGAGCAGCGUUCGACGAGGAAGAGCACGAACGAAGGAGAAGACUUCGCAGAAAGGGAGUAGACGGUGGCACUAGUGGGUUGUGGAAUAGUAGUAGUAAUCAUCGGCAGUCGCAGCAGCGGCACAAGACAAGCAGACUGUCCCCGCGCCGCAACAGUGCCAGCGGGGACCCCAAGGAGUUCGACAUGUUAGUACUGAAAACUACGGAAAACUUAGAGGAUAAUGAGAGUUUUUAAACACGUGGCUUCCAUUGCGGUUGAGUUGAUUUUUUUGGCUUUUGCUGAAGCUUUUGCUGCGCGUUUCGUGUCAUUGUGCCCGUAGGUCGGACCGUUGGUCAAACACAGGCACAAACGGUAAACCUCAAAUCGAUGAGAAACGAUAGACACAAUAACGGGAGUGCUUAUCGGGCACGAGGAGAAAUAAUUUAAUCGCUUUCAUUCGCUAAAAAAAACGUAAAGCAACAAUUAGGGUAAAUGCAUCCGCCUAAGUUUAAUGCGCAUUUAAAGGCUAAAGAAAAAGACACGCAUCCAUUUCAAACUGAUAUUAUAUAGAUCGGAAAUGUCUUGUGAGAGUAACGCAGAAUACUCGAGUGUAAAUACGAUAAACAGUGCAUAUAUAUUAUAAUCUUCAAACUAUUAGGGAUUUUUGCAUCAAAAAUAGUAUUGCAGUGUGUUACAAGUUACACUGCGCGUUGUAAUUGCUAGAUAAGCAGAAAACUAUAUAGGAACACAUUUUUUGCCGCAGUAUUAAAGAGAACAGAUUCUAAUACACAGUAAGGAGAAAACCAAAACAAGGUCGACGGGAAGCCAAGUCAAAGCCUCGAACACCGACACUUUUUCAUCAUCACAGUAAGUACAUUAUCCAUUUAUUGGCUCGAGUUACUUUUGAUUUCGCCUGAUUUCGUUGAACUUUAGCAUACCUGUUAUCAAGCCAAACUUUAGACUACUGCGAGUUAUGAUUUCCAAUAAGGUUGUGAGGUGAUUCAAAGAAAACUGGCAGAAUUAAAAAUCAAAGGGAGCACUCCCAAAAAUUUCAAAUGCUCUCAUGUGAAGGUCUUCCUAUGUCCGUCCCAAAAAAAAAUCGUUGAAACCAAAUAUUUUAAAUUGUUUAAUUGUUUAGAUCUUAGAUAGAUCCAGGACAUUUGAAUAAAUGAGCCUAUAAUCAUCCAGUUGGUGAUAGUUUAACAUUAUAUCGCCAAAGGCACUGUUGAAGAAUGAGAAAGUACUCUCUUUAUAAGUAAAUUUGUUCAAUUUGCACAAAACGAAACGAAUUUAACACAAUCACUCUAUACCCUAAAACCCAAGAAACUAGAAACAUGUGCAACAUUUUGAGGUCGUAAAUAUUGUCGAAUUCUCGUUAGGAAAGGAUUCAUCCGGAGUGUAUCGAGUUUUACCGAUGCUGAACAAUUUUUCGUAGCUACAGUUAGUAGAGAACUUAGGUUUUUAACCGAACAUACCGAGGAAGCAGGAAAAACUUCAAGCCAAAAACUGAUUUAUUCUCUGCUUAGUUCUGGAGUUAUGCAGAAAUUUCUGUUUCAUUUGUAUGGGAGCCCCCGUUUCCAAAGGAGGGAGGAGUCUCGAACCAUCUUAAGAACCUUCCCCGGUCUCAAAAACCUCUACAUACAGAUUUUCACGCCGGUCGAUUCAGUAGUUUCGGAGUCUAUAAGGUACUGACAGACAGAAAUUCAUUUUUAUUCUAUCAUUUCAAGCGAUAGAAUCGCGUCGCGACUGUCGCGUCGCGUGUGUUUGGGGGAACCUUAAUUCUCACCGAGAAAAUCUAAUCCCCAGUAAGUUUUUCAAAUUUUCAACGACAAAUACUCUUAAGUUACUACGGGAAUUUCUUUGAAAUUUUCACUGAAAAAAUUAGGUCACCACGGAAAAUUGUUUGAAAAUGAAAAUUUCAACAAGAAAUUCUUUGAAUUUCAACAAGGAAUUCAACGGAAAAUUGUUCAGAAUUUUCUUCAUUGAAUUCUUCGGGAGUUUCCCAGGAAACUCUCUGAAAUUUCCAUAGGAAUUUCACAGAUUUUUUUUAAUUUUCUGUGGUAAAUUGCUCGGAAUUCCCACGAAGAAUUUUCAGCGGAAUUUCAACAAUAUUUUUGUUCUUUUUAUUGUUCAUAAGCCGUUCUUCGGACACUCUACGAGAAACCUUUAAAAAAACGAACGACCGAAAGUCAUUCAGCGGAACGCGAUUUGGCCGAAUGCCACUUUGCCGAAUAACACGUUACACACAUUCUCAGUAAAAUAUUUGCUGUAUCUCAGCUACUGAAACGUCACUUUUACUGAGAUCUCGGUAAAAAUCAUGUUUGCUGAAACUCGGCGAUGCCCACCUCGGGAAAAUAAACAAAAAAUGCUGAGAACUCGGCGAAAAAAAAUUAAGUGUUUAAGCCGAAAGCCAUCUAGACGAACUUAAUUUGGCCGAAGCAUUUAUUAGGUCAAAAAAUGCCCUAACAGGUCAUUUGGCCGAAUAGGUCGUGGGCGAAAAUUGCAUUUGACCGAAGUGGUAGUUUUGUAGGAAGGGCUGUUUGUUCGCAAAUACCAUUUGCUGAACGGGUAAUACGGCCAAAAAUGUCGAUCCGUUCGGCCGUUCAAUAGGUCAAAUUGCCAAAAAAUGUCUCCUCAUUCAGCUAAAUGGCCCUUUCUGCCAAACGAGAAUUUCGCCCAAGUGGCAUUUUUAGCCAAAUGAACUAUUCGGCCCAACGAAUUUUUCGGCAAUAUGAGCAGUUAGGUCAAACGACACUUUCGGCCGCACAACCGUUUCAGCCAAAUAACAUUUUCGGUCUUAUGACUUUUCCUGCCAAACGACCAUUUCGGCCAAACGAAUAUUUUGGCUAAGUGACAUUAUCGCCAUAUGUCUGUUUCACCCAAACUGUUUUCGGUCAGGUGAGUUUCGGUCUAAUGGUUUGUUCGGCCAAACGACAUAUUCGGAAAAUUACCUUUCGGCUAUGUAGGCUUCGGCCCAACGGCCCUUCCCCGUCAAAAAUUUGAUUCCAACGUGAAACUAUUUGAUUUUUAAUGAUUCUUAUCAAUAUGAUUUUGAUUUGGAAUAAUCAUACAUUAAUAUAUCUGAUGCAAUUGCUCUUUCAUGGUCCAAACGACGAUUUCAAAUAAUUCCUAUGAAAUCAUUAUGAAGGGAUGAAAAAGGGUAAUGAAGACACGUAAGUGCCACCACGAAUCAUUCGAUAACUUUUGCAAAGAACUUACAAUCAACAGUGUUGGCAUUGUUAUUUUUUUGCCAUAAAAAUUGAUACAAUUAUUUUUUUAAGCACACUUGUAACAUUUAAAAGUGAAAACCCAGUGACCCGACUACAAAUCAGUACAUGUAAACUAAUAAGGAAUGAUUAAAAUUGAUAAUUUUUUUCAGGUUUAACCAUUCUGUUGUACGGGUAGUAUGCCACUCUGCUAGUCUUUGAAUCACCCAAACAAUCUAUGCUUUACGAAUUUAUUUCAUUAUUAUUAUUAUUAUCGUCAUUAUUUUGUAGAAAAAGUAUACCGGAUACUCACUGAUUAGUUACUAUGUCGAAAAUAAUAGAAUAUUACAGAAUCCGAACCAACUAAUGACAAAAAACAUGAUCUGAAAGUUAGUUAAUUUUUUUUGAAGUUAUGUUUUGGUUGUUGAAAUCGUUUCAUUUUUCGUGUUAAGUAGGAAUAGGUGAACAUACUAUAAAACAGUUUUUUUUUGUCUAAAUUUUAAGUAACAUCCGGUAGUAACCGGAAAGAAUCAUUUAGUCUGAUUUAUAUUUUUCAAAUUGUGCACCAGUCAAAGUCUGUAAAAUAUAGGUAUUGAAGAAUCCUCAAAAGCUGGCAACGUGCAAGAGUGAAAUUAGUUUAUCGAAAUUUAUAGGCACCUUUGGUUUUAUGAUGGGUUUAUUUUCCCUUUGUUUUAGUUAUUCAGGGCAAGCUGUGUCAAAACGUAGUGCUAAGUAUGAUUUUUUGAUACAAUAUAUUUAUUUUCUUAUA